AUGGACGACAGUUGGGAGCCCCGCACUGUGCUGGUUGCGGACGUGCCGGACUGCGUGGCGCCGUACAAGGCGACUCUAGGUGCCGUGCCUAGCUUCGUAGAGACGCCGACGGUAGCAGCCGAUGAGAUGCUCUUCAACGUCGGAGAGGGGAUGGUCUCUGACAUAGCGCUGCCACUCGCCUUCGUAUGGUCGCGGCAGGCUGAAACCGCGACACUUCGGACAGCCUUCAAGGUAAUGCACGUAACAGCAGUGCCGGUCCGCCGCCCACGACAGCUCGCAGAGUCGCGCCGCCAGAAGUCCGACCGCCAUGCGUUCAUGCGUGGCCUCACGAGCCGCGAUGGUCUUGCGGAAGACAGGACGCUGGCGUACCCGCUGCCAGCGUCGGAUCCCGCGCUGCUUCUUUUCCCGGGUCCAUCCUGCUCCCCGCGCUGCAAGUUCCCGACUGCCGUUACCUCCGACGCCUCCACUAUUCUUCAAGUUUGA